AUGUCUGACAAGGCUAGCGAAAGGGACACGACGGUGUCUGCGGCGCCGCCAGAUACCGACGAUGUCGUCUCAACCCGCGACAAGCCAGCCGACAACGAUAUUGAGAUCGCUGGUGUUGAGUCUGUCAAAGAGCUUUUGCGCCAUCAAAGUCCCGUUGGGCAUGAGUCCCGAAACGGCAUCAGCCUCUGGUUUCAGGACCUCUCUGUCUCCGCCUCACAUGCUAACGCGGUUGACGUCAAGAACUUGAAGCAAGCCAUCUUGAACACGUUCGGGCCAGAUCAGAUCAGUUUUCUAAAACAAACGAUAUGGAGUUAUUUCUUUCCUCCAAGUGCUCCUCGCGCCUCCAACAGAAUUCUCAAGGAUUGCUCCGGACUCGUCAAACCGGGCGAAAUGCUCCUCGUUCUUGGCCGUCCGGGCAGUGGAUGUUCAACGUUUCUUCGGACAAUCGCGAAUCGGUCGCCUUUGCCAGUGACAGGCAACCUCGAGUACGAGAAUAUACCAGCCUCUGUCUUCGCAAAAGAUCAUAGCAGGGAGACAAUCUACCUUCCCGAAGAGGAUCGCCAUGUCGCCACGUUGACCGUGAGGCAGACUAUCAAUUUCGCUUUGCGCAACUCAAUGUCUGCUCAGAACGGACGCCCCGAAUCCAUCAGGGAUAUUGUCGAGGCAAUCGCGAAGCUCUUUGGACUGUCUCAUGCCCUGGACACUCCCGUUGGCGGACAGUUCAGCCCGGGAGUCUCGGGUGGUGAGAGGAAACGUGUGUCUAUUGCUGAGGUUUUGGCUGCUGGAUCAUCUGUCCAGUGUUUCGACAACUCGACACGCGGCCUGGAUUCCUCCACAGCACUCGAUUUUGUAAAGGCUCUGCGAGCAUUCACCAGCAUCGGGCACAAGACCACCCUGGCGACGCUCUACCAAGCCGGCGAAAGUCUUUACAACAGUUUUGACAAAGUUAUUGUGCUUGAUGAAGGCCACCAAGCGUUUUUUGGUCCGGUUUCCGAGGCGAGCAAGUACUUCGAAGAUUUGGGCUUUGUUCCUGUUCCUGGACAGACCACCGCCGAGUUCCUCGUUGGCCUGACAGACUCAAAGCUUCGGCAAGUUAGAAUUGGGUCCAAGGCCGAGGCUAUUCGGUCUCCAGAAGACCUGGCAGCUGCAUUCAGAUCGUCGACGAGCUACAAGCAAUUGCAAGAGAACAUCAAUGACAGUCGACGAGCACAAAGAGACACAUCUUCGCUGUCUACUGACGCCUAUCAGCUCUCGUUUCCAUCGCAAGUACGAGAGUGUCUGACCAGAGAGUUCCAACUCAUUGUGGGCCAACGCCGCGUGUACUACAUCAAGUGGUUUACCACUGUCAUCCUCUGCCUUGCAUGUGGAAGCGUGUAUUUCGACAUCGACAACACGGCGCAAGGAGCUUUCACGAGAGGGGGAAUUCUUUAUUUUGCACUCAUCUUCAAUGGGUGGCUUCAGUUUCCGGAACUAUUCGAUGCACACUCCAAUCGUCCCGUGGUAGAGCGGCAAGCUCGACUUCACCUCUGCCGACCCUCUGCCGUUGCCGUCGCUCGCUUCCUGAUCGACUUACCUUUGAUCGCUUUCCAGCAUGUGAUCUUCAUUAUCAUCUUCUACUUUCUCUCGAGACUCCAGAUUGAGGCUGGCAAGUUCUUCUUCUUCUAUCUGACACUCUUCAUUUCCACCGUCUGCUUCAGCAACUUGCUGCGCAUGUUUGCGUACUACGUAGGGACUCUGGAUGACUGUUUCCGUUAUGGAGGGUUCUCGUGUACUGUGCUUCUUCUGUUCGCCGGCUUCUUGAUACCACCAAACUCCAUGAGUCCCGUAUUUGGGUGGUUGCAUUACCUCAAUCCCAUGUUCUAUGGCUUCGAGAACCUAUUUGCCAAUGAGUUUACUGGGCUUCAGCUUUCAUGCGAGAAUAAUCUCGUCCCAGCAAAUGGAGUCUCUGGGCAUCAAACUUGUGCCAUCAAAGGCGCACUAGCCGGGCAGACGACAGUUCCUGGAACGCAAUACCUUGAGUCAUUCGGGUUCUCCGCAAGUCACAGAUGGCGCAAUAUUGGUAUCAUGAUCUCCAUCGCCGUCAUAUAUUUGUUAGUGGGCAUAUUGGGCAGCGAGCUCAUGAGCUUCACGACCCAUGGGGGCGCGCCGCUGGUGCUUGCCAAGCGGAGAAACAGCAAAUCGCCUAGCGCCUUACAAGAUGUCGAAAAGAUCGCGCCAACAUCUGCCUCAGCUUCCAUCACUAGCGGGCUCAAGGCUGCACCUAGCAAUCGCGGGGAAUACGCACUGACAUGGCGAGACAUUAAUGUGAAUAUCAACGAGGCUCAUAUCUUGAAGGGAAUAACAGGAUACGUGAAACGGGGCGAGCUAACCGCACUUUGCGGUGCCAGUGGUGCAGGGAAGACGACCCUGCUCACGGCUUUAAGCCAAACCAAUUUCUCAGGCCAAGUCGACGGAGAAGUGCUCGUCGGGAAUCGCCCACCUGGUCCGACAUACAGGAAGAAGACUGGCUUCGCUCAACAGAUGGACUUACACGAGGGUACCGCGACAGUCCGGGAGGCACUGGAGUUUUCGGCUGUGUUGCGACAGCCCGCAGAGUUCACCAAGGCCGAAAGGUUAGCCUACGUGGAUGAAGUUCUACGACUUCUCGACUUGGUCGACGUGCAAGAUGUCUUGAUCGAAGAUGGCGCGGGUCUUGGAGUUGAGCGCCUCAAACGAGUAACGAUUGGUGUGGAACUAGCAUCGCGUCCCGAGAUCCUGUUCGCGGAUGAGCCCACCUCGGGUCUGGACUCUCAAGGCGCGGCACACAUUGUCGACUAUCUCAAGAUACUUGCACGGCAAGGCCAGGCGAUACUUAUGACAAUCCAUCAGCCAUCCGCUCUGCUGUUCUCCCAAUUCGACAACCUUCUGGCCCUGUCAUCUGAAGGCCAGCAGCUUUUCUUCGGCAAAGUCACCGAGGCUUUGCCAUACUUUGCGCGCAACGGCGCUGUCGCACCUGAUGGGGUCAACCCGGGCGAGUUCAUACUUGAGACUGUCGGCGCUGGCUUCGGUGCUAGAACAAAUGACAAGGCAUCCAACUGGGCCGCCACUUGGUCGGCAUCCUCAGAAGCUUCUGAGCUCGGGCGGCGCUUAGACGCACAUAGAGGCGCCGAGGCAGCGAGCAGCCAGAACGACGACCAGGAUACCCCAGUGACCGAGUUUAAUGCGACUGCUCUUGAACAGACGAUCGUCCUCACCAAACGAAUGUUGCUCAACCAGUGGAGGAGCCCGGCCUACAUGUACUCCAAGAUUUGGGUGCAUGUCACUAGCGCGAUUCUGGUCGGAUUCACCUUCUUCCAGAUAGGGACCAGCCCUCAGGAUCUUCAAAACCGAAUGUUGAGCGUCUUCUUCAUCCUUUUCUUGUGCAACGCCAUCGUCAACGUCAUUUUGGCGCGGUACUUCUUUGCCAGUUUGCAUUGGCUUCUCCGUGAGGGUCCUUCACAUGCAUACGGAUGGGUCGCGUUUGCGUCAUCCGUCAUCCUCUCAGAAAUGCCUGGUGCAGUCCUGGUCACUGUUUUGUACUUUGUCCUGUGGUACUUUCCCAGUGGCUUGCCUCUUGGUGGCCAAGCCGCUUACAUCUUCUUGUUCCUGUUGACAUACGAGGUCUUCCAGGUUCUUCUUGGACUCUUCAUGAUGGCCCUGAGUCCAGACCUUGGUGGGGCUGGAAACAUACUCGUAUUCAUUGUGUGCACAUGCAACUGGUUCAAUGGUAUCAUUGUGCCAUACCACCAGAUUCAGGUUUUCUGGCGCUAUUGGCUCUACUACCUCUCUCCCUUCACGUACCUGCUUGGUGGAAUGGUGACGGCGGUGACUUCAUCCGCGGUUGUGUCUUGCGCGGACGCAGACAUAACGAGGUUCUUACCGCCCCCGAACCAAAGCUGCUCCUCCUAUGCAUCUGGCUGGGCCGAUUCCGCCUCAGCACAGCUUCUUAAUCCGGAUGCUUUCGCCCCCACGGAGUGUCAGGUUUGUCAAUGGAGCAGAGGGGAGCAGUUUCUCGCCCAGUUUAAUCUUGGUGGCGGGCAAUUGGGUGGUCAGUGGGGUUGCUGGGGCAUCUUUAUGAUUUUCACCGUCAGCAAUCUCUUUCUUGUCUACUUUUUUACGUGGGCAACAAAAGUCAGAGGUUGGAAGCUCUUCUACUUUUUCUAG